GCAGGUUUUUUUUGUGGUGGUGAAUUCGCUCAUUUUUCCUCCUCAAGAAAUGCAAGCAUUGUUUUCAUACUUUCAUGUCUCGUUAGUAAUUUAAUUUAAUCCCGACCAAGGAGCUUUUUUUCACUUACUUCCGGUAUAAACAAUCUCAUAAUCUUCUGCAGGCUACCAGGUAAUAGGUUGGUUUGUACUGUAAUGGUGGAACAGGUUUUAUGGUACGACAGGUAGAUAUGUACAACCUGCGCUACGAAAUGUUAAUAGAAUAUUUAGUCUUUACUUGUCAGCGUACAUCUCGCAGAUGGACUGGACAUUGUUACACAAGCCAAUUACCUUCCUACAAAUAUGUAGGUGCUAAGCACUUGUGCAGCCUGAUUGACGUCGUAAAACUUAAACCUAACUCACCUUGAGAUUUCGAUGUGAAUUAGCGAUUUGCAAAAAUUUGCUUCAUUUCAUAAGCACCUUUAGGUAUGCAACUUUGUCCAUUUUGCUCGAAGUAGUAUCUACAAAGUUGUAUGUAGUGGAGUGUAAAGUGUAGAUUUUCAUUGUGGACAUUUGUGAGUGCUUGGGAUUUUAGUCGGCAUUCAUUGCUGAUGAACCGAAGACUUUAUACUCGGCGAAUAUUUAACACUGAUGCUGAUUCUGUCAGCCGGGUUACGCAAUAUUGGUACAAAUACAUAAGGUUCUUCAGUUGUAAAUCUGUGUAUCUUCUUACAUCUUCGUACAUCUGCCAAAAUUCGCCAUCAAUGGUUUUUUCUCCAUAAACAUAUAAACUACUUACUCAGUUCGGGGUCAAGUAUAAGCAUAGAAACUUAAUAUUACGAGUAUAACAUUAGUUCGAGACGAAUGAAUUGCCGAUAGUAAUAAAACUGAACUGAACCACUGUGCAAUCUAACCAGAAAGAAGUUUAGGAGUAUUUUUGUGAAAACAUGCAUAUAUAGAUCAUGCUAAAUUAAGCAUAUUAUGCAUAUGUAAAUAUACAAGUGCUACAAGUUUAUUUUCAACUAAUACAAUGGAGGACGCUAAAAAGGGAGAAAACAUAAUUUCCAUUUCUGAGGAAGAAGUUUCGAAUGGAAAAGUUGCGAAAGAACGAAAGAAGUCAAAGUUAUCACUUUUUAAGAAACAGCCAAAUGAUUCAAAACCUACUGAGGAAGUUACGAAAAAAAAAUCCAAUAAAUUUCCGAAAUCUAGCGACCCCAUAUGGACCAAUCCAGAAAUUUUCAUGACGCAUGAGGAAUUUCUGCUCAACCAUGGCUAUCAGCCUGAAUUCCAUGAAGUGGAGACUGAAGACGGCUAUCUUUUAUCCGUCAUUCGAAUUCGGUAUGGAAAAGGGGAAACUGCAGAAAAUUGUAAAAAUGGAUCUCAAAAAAGACCUGUAGCUCUUUUUGUCUCGGGAAUUUUUAUGGGUGCUAUGCCAUGGCUUUUAAAUAAGGACGAAAAUGUUCUUGCUUAUCAACUCGCCGACAAAGGGUUCGAUUGUUUCCUCGUUAAUCCCAGAGGAACUGCCUCGUCUCGGAAACAUGUAAAGUUGUCAGCGUCCUCUAAAAAAUUUUGGGCGUACAGUUACAAUGAAAUGGGCCAGUUCGACAUCCCUGCCAUUAUCAACUAUGUUUUGAAAAUUAGUGGACAAGAUCAACUAUUUUAUUUUGGUCAUUCUAUGGGAUGUGUCGUGCUAUUCGUGGCUGCUUCUUACCAUCCAGAAAUCGCGUCUAAAAUUAAAUUAAUGAUUGCCUAUGCCCCCGCGGUAUUCAUUAGUCAUGCGAAAACCCUCGUUCUGACAGUGGCGCCGAAAAUUUUGCCAAUGUCACUUUUGGCAUUUCUUUAUCACGGGGAGUUUUACACGAAGAAAAAUUCGAUAAAACUUAUAAAGACAAUUUCACCCUUGGUUUGGCUUCGUCCCAAAAGGAGUGUGAGAGACGCUUCGUGGUUCAGUCGGUUUGGGGUGGACAUUGUCAACGGCAAGGAUCACGAUCAAAUCUACUGGCCAAUGGUUCCACUCAUUGCGGCAAAUGUUCCCUCGUCUAUUUCCGUUCGGACGUAUGAUCACUUCAUGCAGGCUUACAAAUCAAAGGAAUUUCAAAGAUUCGAUUUUGGAAGAGCAAAAAACAUGAAAAAGUAUGGACAGCCUAAGCCACCAAAAUACGGAUUCGAAAACGCUACUUUUCCAGUUGCCAUAUUUUAUGGAGAUAAUGAUUACUGCGUCCAACCCAAAGACAUUGAACGAUUAGCUAAAGAGUUGCCGAAUGUAGUUUUGGUGCACCGAGUGGAUUGGCCAGAUUUUAAUCAUAUUGACUUCAUUUGCGCAAAGGAUGUCGAUAAAUUGCUCAAUGUUCAUCUGAUGGAUGUGAUUUUAAAAUAUUUGUGAUUUUUUCUUAUCAUAAUGCUGUACAUACAUUCUAAUAUCCAUAACAUAAAGCUCAAGAAAUAUUUAAUAAAUCCAACACUUGAAUGAAUGGA